UGAGGUUCGUUACUGUUGCAGCAGUCGUCGCCAACGCCGUAGCCGUAAAGUCACAGUCAUCUUUUUGUCACUCGCCAUCGGACAACAGCUAACAACUUGAAAGCACUUUACACAAACUCAACUGAAGGCUACGUAUUAUAACAUCAGAAAUUUUAACGCCCGUUACUCUAACUAACUACCAAAAAGAAUGGCGCUAUUUUCUAACGUGACGGCCAUGGCCCAACAGCAACCAUACAAUCCCUGGUCUCUUCCGGACAGCUUCACCAUCUAUAACUUCGCCCCCGAAGACAUUCGCGGCUUCCUUCAUCCUCACUGGCACAACCAGAAGUCACCGCAUCCUAUGCUGUACUACUUCUUUGGACUUCUGUACUUGGUUAUCGGUACCGUUGCCAUUGGUGGUAAUUGGAUGGUGUUGAGAAUCUUGGGAAGCUUCCCGUCACUGCGGACGCCAGCAAACAUGCUCGUGAUGAACUUGGCCGUCUCGGACUUUUUGCUGAUGAUAUCACUUAUCCCAGAGUGUGUCUACAACUUUUUUACGGGAGGCCCUUGGCAAUUCGGCGAUCUCGGCUGCCAGAUUCACGCAUUCUGCGGUGCCUUGUGUGGUUACAGUCAGAUUACGACUUUGGUGUUCAUCUCAUACGAUCGUUACAACGUCAUCGUUAAAGGAUUCAAUGGAGCUCCUUUGACUUUCUCUAAGGCAAUCAUGUUUAUCACUUUCGGUUGGGUCUGGUCAUUUGGUUGGUCUGUUUGCCCGCUCGUCGGCUGGGGGUAUUACGCCAUGGACGGAAUGUUGGGAACGUGUUCUUUCGAUGGACUCACCACCGACAUGAGCAACAAGACCCACAUUCUCGCCACUACCAUCUUCCUUUUCGUCUUACCUAUCAUUGUUAUCGUCGGCUGCUACUUCUACAUCGUCAAAGCCGUGUUCCAUCACGAGGACGAACUACGUCAACAAGCCAAAAAGAUGAACGUCGCUUCACUGAGAAGCAAUGCCGACCAGCAGGCCGUUUCGGCCGAAAUUCGCAUUGCUAAAGUGGCCAUCAUCAAUGUUUCUUUAUGGGUUAUGGCCUGGAGUCCAUUUGCCAUCGUUUGCAUGCUGGGCACUUGGGGAGACGCGUCCAGGAUCACUCCUCUGGUCUGCGAAUUGCCCGUCAUUCUGGCCAAGACUUCGUGUGCUUACAAUCCCAUCAUCUACGCUCUUUCACAUCCCAAAUAUCGCGAGUGCUUGAAGGAGCUUUACCCGUGGCUAUGUAUUGUCACCGAUGCGAAGAAAUCCAGCAAACGUGGUGGUGACGACCAAUCGACCGGUUCGACCAAAACAGAAGCUUCCGCAACGACGCAAGCUUAAAAGCAGAACACCAAUCAUGAUGCACUCGCCAAUGUUGAUAAAAUUUCAUUCGGAAACGGACCCACGCUAUUCGUACACUAAUAUCGACACGGAAAACUGGACAGAAAUGAUUUCUUGGUGAAACGGCAGCCAAUACCUGCUAGAUGGGAUCGUUUCUCAUCGAAACACAUAUCUUCGUUAAACAAUAAGCAUGUAUCCGCCUUCGUUUCUUUUCUCACAUCCAUUUAGUUUACGAGGACAGUCCUACUUCGUACUGGCCACAGGAUCGUUGAUACCUUGAGAAGUCCAACCAUAGUCUACGCUUUGCUUUCGACUUUUUUUACGGGUGCAAUGGGUAGUAUUAUUCGUACAGGUAAAACGGGCCAUAUUGCACGCAACCAGGAUCAGAGUUCUAUUGAAAAAUGUAAUUCGCGCUGCAUACUGCCAAACUUGUUUUAGGCAAUUCAUUUUCAAGCCGUCAAAAGUUGAAUGGUUGAAGGGUGGCAUUUGUACAACUGUGUUCUGGAUGUCAAUUGUCGAGCAGUAUUUACGUAAAGGGAUUAGCAAUUGUCUGAAUGGAACUUACCAUCUUGUUCAUCCGUUUGGUUUUGGCCGGUGCGGAGCAGGCUCAACGUAAAUAGGAACCUGUAACACAUGAUAUAAUUUAAACUCUGUUAAUAUGAUGAUGGUCAUUUUCACAUCUAACUAUGUAAACCAUAUUGUAUGUACCUCGCAGCUCAUAGAGAACAAAAUAUACGACCCAGCAUACACUGAA